AUGUCUUCCAACGCCUCCACCUACUCCAACCCCUUCGCCGUCGACCCUGCCGAGAUCCGCGACAUCAACGUCCAUGCCCGCUUCCCCGUGACCCUCGACGCCUCCAACUCCACGUACUUCGCGUGGAAGACGUACUUCACGCUGCUCUUCCGCGAGAACAAUCUCGUGGAUCACAUGGAUGGCACCGUGGACUCCCGCACCAUGGUGGCCGACGCCGAGUGGACCGCGAUCGACGCCACGAUCAUCCGGUGGUUCUUCAUCACCAUCUCCAAGGACUUGUUCCACACGGUCGUGAGUGCCGGCGACGACGCCCGCGCCCUGUGGGUCAAGCUGAACGGCCUCUUCACCGACAACCAGCUUCAGCGCCGCUCCAUUGAUGACUACUGCCACCGCCUGAAGACGUUGGCGGACGAGCUCCGUGACAUUGGAGCCAAGGUGGACGACGACCUCCUCCUCAGCACGCUCACCGCCGGCCUCAACGAGGACUUUGGCAACGCCGCCUCUAACCUCACCUUGAUGCCGGAGCCCUCCUCCCCCAAGUUUGUGGCGUACUUGAGGUUGGAGGAGCGCCGGAUGAAGGGGGUCAAGAAGCGCGUGCAGCACCACGCCCUCGUCGCCGGCACCUCCCGCGGCGCCCCUUCACCGACAGCCCCACCCGCGCCGCGCCAGCAGCCGCCGCCACCAGCGCCUCCGGGGUACUUCCCCCUCCCGCUCGCGCCUCCAGCCCUUCUCGCUGCCCCCCAGCAGCCGGGUGGCGGGCGCCGCGGCAACCGCCGCGGGGGCGGCCGCAAGCAGCAACAGGCGCCGGGGGGCCGUCAGCCGCAGCAGGUGACUCCCCCAUGGACGUACGGCACCAACCCAUGGACCGGCGUCGUCCAUGCCUACUCCAUGCCGGUCCCUCGGGCUCCGGCUCCGGGCAUCCUUGGGCCCCGCCCGGCGGGUCACCAGGCUCUCUUCGCCGCGCCGAACGCCGCUCCCUACAGGUCCGCGCCGGCGCCCGCCUAUGGGUCCGCGCCGGCCUAUGGCACCGCCACCGCGCCGGCCUAUGGGAUCGCGCCCUCCUACGGCGCCGCCGCUGCUCCGGCCUUCGGGGCUGCUCCCACGCCGGCCUACGGCGGGUUCUACCCUCCUCAGGCGCCGCCGCCGUGGGACCCGGCCUUGCUCGCCGCACUGCACUCCGCCCCGUCACCGAGCUCCUAUGGUGGCGGUGGUGACUGGUACAUGGACUCGGGCGCCACUGCUCACAUGACUGCUCAUCCCGUCACUAAUCUUGUUUCCGUUCGUCGCCUUACUCGUGAGAAUCCUAUAACUGUUGAAUUUGACGAUAUCGGUUUUUCUGUGAAGGACGCCCGUACACGGAUGGUGCUCCACCGAUGUGAUAGCCCGGACGAGCUUUAUCCAGUGCAUCCCUCCGGCGCCACCACCACCCGUCGCCCCGUCGCCUUCGCCGCCAGUUUGUUGCAUAGUGAUGUUUGGACGUCCCCGGUUGCUAGCAACACGGGCUAUUUAUACUAUCUGGUGAUAUUAGAUGAUUUUACUCAUUAUGUGUGGACCUUCCCUCUCCGUCGCAAGUCCGACGCUCUUGCCACACUCACCGCUUUUUAUUCAUAUGUCACCACACAGUUCGGUCGUCCUAUUCUCGCCUUGCAAACUGACAACGGCAAGGAGUUUGACAACGUCGCCGUCCGCAAUUUACUUGCGUCCCACGGCACCAUCUUUCGCCUCACCUGCCCCUACACGUCUCAGCAGAAUGGUCGCGCCGAGUGCGUCCCUCGCACGCUUAACGACUGUGUCCGCACGUUGCUCUUCCACUCCUACGUGCCUACUCGGUUCUGGCCGGACGCGCUCGCGACCGCCAACCUCCUCAUUAACAUUCGCCCUUGUCGUUCGCGCUGGAACUACACCCCUCACCAGCUCCUCUUUGGUACCGUCACCUUCGGAGUCUCCUGCGGCGCGGUUCGCCCCUGCGUCCACCUUUGGCGGACCGCCCAGCCGCGCCCCGGGUCCGGCCCUGCCCGCGCUCCCUGCGCCGGCGGCCCCUAG